AUGGCCGUGUACUGCGACAACUACGGCGUCUACCAACAGAACCUCCACCACCACCACCAGAGGCCCGCAGCAGCCACCUCUGGAUACGGCCUGCACGGAGACUACACCCCGCCACCAGCCUCCACGAACCCGUAUCUGUGGCUCAACUCCCCGGGAAUCAACUCCUCCGCGUACCUCACCGGGAACUCCUCAUCCUCCUAUAUGCAGCCUGCAGGGUACGGAUCCAACCACCAGCGGCAGUACCUUGCACCUCCCGCGGGGUUUGGAGGCGCGGAUCUCGGGUGGUUGUCCAUCUCCAGUCAGCAGGAGCUCUUCAAGAUGGUCAGGCCGCCGUAUUCCUACUCCGCGCUCAUCGCCAUGGCCAUUCAGAACGCCGCGGACAAGAAGCUGACGUUGAGCCAGAUCUACCAGUACGUGGCCGACAACUUCCCGUUCUACAAGAAGAGCAAAGCGGGCUGGCAGAACUCUAUCCGCCACAAUCUGUCACUCAACGACUGCUUCAAGAAAGUGGCCCGGGAUGAAGACGAUCCAGGGAAAGGAAACUACUGGACUCUGGACCCAAACUGCGAGAAGAUGUUCGACAACGGCAACUUCCGCAGAAAGAGAAAGCGACGCGCUGACGUCACGGGAGCGGACAGCACCACCGCGUCGCCCCCUCCGCCGCCGCUCAAACCCUCCGACACGCCGCCUCACAAGCUCUCCGACACGGCCAGCCUGCUCAGCUCCUCCCCGCUCAGCAUGCACGGCUCCCCGACUUCCACCGAAUCCAAGUCCUCGCCGUCCCCGUCCCACGCAGACCACGUCAGUCCGUGUUUCAGCAGCUUCGUGUCCAACGUCACUUCGCUUUUGCAGGCGGAGAAUCUUCAAAGCAGAGAUGGAGGGGGUGGGGGGUCCGGGCAUCAUCUUACGGGACUGUCCCAGGGCAGAGAGGGCAUGCAUGGACUUGGUUCGUACUCUCCCUCGCUGAUCUCUCCCCUGAACUCUGAGAACAACAGAAUGAGCUACUACUCCUCUGUGCAGAGUCUGUCCAACCAUUUCAGCGUCAACAACCUCAUCUACAACAGAGAGGGCACCGAAGAGACACGCACGCGCUCAGAAACGCGUCAUGACGUUAGAACCACGGGCCGCAGGAGCUCGGGCUACGGCGCAGGACACAUGUAUUUUUCGCCCAUCAUCUCCGAGGGCCACGUCCCAGAGCGCGUCCUCCGCUGGUCCAUCAAAGUUCAGUUCUGGUCUGGGCGCUUCAUGCUCCUGACUUCCUGUGUGUUCCCCAAGUUCGACCUGUUCCCAGCCAUCUCACUUCUCCCGAAAAGUAACGCCCGAUCGCCCCCAAAACCCCGGAGGCCACUGUCCCACAUGAAUAUCACUCAGGCCCCUGCACUCCCCCCUCCCUCCCCCUCAGGCUGCAGAGCUGGGACCCCCCCCCUCACAGUGGUGGCCUCGUGCUGA